ACUAUGGACAGAGCCUCCCUGGAGUGGCUGUCUGCCCGCUACAUCCCCAGCUGACAUGGGCAACGUUGGAGCUGUGCAGCUGUGCUGCGCCAUCCUGGGCUUCCUCCUGCUCCAAGGCCACAACUCGCAGCCUAUAGCAAGCCAGACCUCUAGCUCUCAGGGAACAUUCAGCAGACAGACAGUUUCUCCCAUCACUGGAGACAUCACUUCCUUAGAACCCAACAGCCUAAGUCCUCUGUCUACCACCGGUACCACAGUGGCUCCAAGGAAGGGCUCUGUGGCCCCCAUGGAAGCAGGUGAAGCUGUAACGUCAAAGUCAGGCACUAUGGAUGGUCACUCUGCAUUUGUACUGGGCCUGACUGAGUCCCAGCCACAGAAGCACACAUUAGGACUUGACACAAGAGUCCCAGGUGAUGUUAGCAGCGUUGGCGAUGGCACAAGUGAAGACAGACCUCAAGACGCUCUUCCCAAAUCAACCACCAUGUCCCUGAGGACGAGGGAGGACUUGAGUAUCCUUCCCACCCCCACAACACAGACGGUGCUUACGGUAGCUGCAUUUGGGGUCAUCAGCUUCAUUGUGGUCCUGGUGGUUGUGGUAAUUGUCCUGGUCAGCGUGGUCAGUCUAAGGUUUAAGUGUCGGAAGAACAAGGAGUCUGAAGAUCCUCAGAAACCAGGGAAUUCAGGACUAUCUGAAAGCUGCUCCACAGCCAAUGGAGAGAAAGACAGUAUCACCCUCAUCUCCAUGAAGAACAUCAACACCAAUAACAGCAAGGGAUGCCCCUUGGCCGAGAAGGUUCUUUAAGAGUGAUUUUGGGUCCCCGUGGACCUAAGGAUGAUGCAGCUGACGGUGCCUGUGAAGCGAUGGGAUUGGUAGAGGCUACAGACUACACGGAAGUGUCUGCUCAGAUAUAAAGGACUCUGGCCUGCCUCCAGAUCGGGCAGACAUUUUUUCCCUAGAUGGCCAUUGUAGGGACACAGCCUGCUCUUUCUGCUUCCUCGAAGUCAUAGAAAAGGGGAAUUGAGAGAGCAAAGAAAAUGACUGAUCUUCUCUGCUUUGCAUUAAAAUUAUUUUCUGGCCUGCA